UUGUACUGUGAGCACUGGAGAUUUCGAGGUAAGGUGCUCGCAGUGCUUUUGAUCACGUGAUCAGUCGAAACAGAAUCAGAAAAUGAUAAGUUUAUUUUAAGAUGGAUUUAAUUGAUAAAUAUUUUUUUUAUACACAAUUUUAUAAUAUUUUCUUUUGAAAAGAGGGAAUCUUUAUUUAUAUUCAUCUUGCAUUAACAAAUAUGAAAAUGGCGCCAAAAAAUAGGAUUAACAGUAUACUGGACUGCGUUCCGUUUUAAAAAGUCACCAGUAUAACUAGCUAUAAAGGAACGGGCUUCCAGUAUACUAAAUUGACGUCAUACUGUUCAGUGGUCGCAAUGUAUAUCGGAACAUACCCAUUGAUAUUUAAUAAUGUAUUUUAUAAUAUAAUAUAUCCCUAAGGAUAUAUUGAUAUUUUAUUCAUAAACGAUGUGCCGAUGUUAUCGAUUUUAAAACAUCGAUAUUUUCUAACUGAACAUCAAUGAAUAUCGAACAUCCCUAGAUGACACUACAACUUCGUAGAGUGUUAUUGUUCUGUGCUAUUACUACUUCACUUUGAUGUUUUUUUCUCCUUUUAAGAAAUGGCUUAAACACGAUAAAUAAUGACAGAACCAAAUACAUUGUCUACAAUAAUCUUAUCAAUUUUCACCAUCUUACCAACUGCUCACACUGACAGCAAUCCAUAUGACAGUGAAACCUAUCGACCUCUUGGACCGCUAGUAAAAUGCAGUUUUCUACCUUUGGAAUUUUUAAACUGCGAUCAGCCAAUCGACCACAAAGGCAAUCAGACAGCGAGAGAUAUCACAGGGCACGGAUGUGUUAGAUUUGGAGGAGUUUUGUAUGAGAAAGUGGAACGAACCAAAGUGCAGUGUAAAGCUCUAGACAACAUCGAGUGCCACGGUAGUAGGACUUUCUUGAAGGAUGGUUUUCCUUGUAUACGUUACUCUGGACAUUAUUUUACAACAACACUGAUAUACAGUAUAUUAUUAGGUUUCUUGGGAAUGGAUCGUUUCUGCCUCGGUCAAACUGGAACUGCAGUGGGAAAACUGCUAACUCUCGGUGGUCUUGGUAUCUGGUGGAUAGUUGAUGUUGUGUUACUUAUCACAAACAAUUUACACCCUGAAGAUGGAAGCAAUUGGAAUCCUUAUGUAUAGAACUAUCUUAAGUUUAAAUUUUGUAUAUUGAUUAUUAUGUAAAACUGUAUAUUUCUUUAAAAAUUGAUUUUAAGUUUAUGUAUAAAUUUUGAAUAAGAAUUAAUGAAAUUGUGAACUAAAAUUAGUUUUAUGCCAACCAAUGUGUUUAUUUUCCAUCCUGAUGAUGGACAACUUCACACUGUUUUACAACUCUUUCUUAGGGAACAAAUAAUACCCAACCCU